AUGGAUGAAGGCAACUCAAUUAUUUAUGGCUUAGAACAUCAGACCAGAGCUUUAUCACCACAAUAUGAAAGUGAUGCCAUUCGCUUUCUUAUUGGCACACAGAGCUUAAAACCACAUUCCAAUCAAGUGCAUGUUGUUGAACUUGAAGAAGACACUGGGGCAUUGCAUACUAAGGUCUUUAAACAUGACAUUGGUGAGAUAUGGCAUCUCCGCUGCUCUCCGCAUGAUGUGGCAACCCUACUCACAACUCACAAUUCUUAUGAUCCUGAAACUUCUCAAUGCACCAUGGGUGUUUCUAUUUUUAAACUGCCUACUGUUGAGGUUAUACCUAAAGAUUUAGAUGACUUAAGUGCAAUACAAGGUAGAAAUGCAGAGGAAAUGGAGCACCUAAAAACUAUUUCACCCGAGAAACCUGAAGAAGAGAUCCGAUGUGCUGAAUGGCAUCCAACUGACGUGAACCGUAUCGGGAUUGUGUACGAAAACAGUGUGAUUGUUCACGACGUAAACACAGGGGCUGCACUAGCUUCCGCCUCUCCUGAGGGCAAGUCCAGGUUAAAGUUUACAGGAGGAAAGUGGAACCCACAUCAGGGACAUUGUCAGUUUGCGGUUCUGCAAGACAUGCAUAUAAAGUGCUAUGAUACGAGAACUGACUGCAGCAAGCCAGCCUGGAGUAUAGACAAUGCUCAUAGGCAGCUUGCUAGGGACUUGGACUUUAACCCCAAUAGACAAUUCCAUUUAGCUAGUGCAGGCGAUGACGCCGCACUAAACAUUUGGGACUACAGAAAUGGAAAGGAACCUAUCUUCAGUCGGACAGAUCACUCACAUUGGGUGUGGACAGUCAGAUAUAAUACGUACCACGAACAGUUGCUGCUAACGGGUAGUUCAGACGCACGAGCCCUGCUCACAGCAGCAGCCAGCAUAUGCGAUAUGGACGAAGAUGGCCGUCGGCUCAGUCAAGUAUUGGAGGAUGGUGUACUCCAGUCAUACGAACAACACGAGGACUCCGUAUACUGCGCCGAAUGGAGUGCAGCGGAGCCGUGGACCUUUGCCUCGCUCAGCUACGACGCGAGAUUGGUACUGUCGAGAGUACCUCGGCAUUUUAAAUAUAAGAUUUUACUAUAG